AGUUCUUUGCACAUGUUUCUGUGUGUGAGACGUUUGUAACUGUCAACACUCCCUCCAUCGUCGCAGUCACAGUCGCUGCUUAGCGAAGUCAUGUUUGUCGUUCACGGGAGUAAAGUCACCAGUUCUCCUUUGAGAAUGUUUGCUUCUGUUGUUGUGGCCAUGCUGGGCUUGUGCCACUGUAGCAACCACAAUGGCACAUUCCUGAGGACUCCGGAACUCUCUGGCCCCUCAGAGGCUUUGGGGAACACGGUUGCUGUUUUUGAAUGUAAACUGCUGCCCCACCCAGAGAAUGAAACUGUUCUCAUGACGUUAUUCAAUAGGGGCAGCACUGACACUUGGUUGGGAGACUCCACCUCACUGGCUGGGGAAGCUGCAAUCUUCAACUUGGUAGUUAAACCGUCUCAUGCGGGAGAUCUGGUGUGUCAGGCCCGAGCACAGAACAACUCCAACAUAAAGCCAACUUUCAGCAACACGCACUACCUGAAGGUUUUUGAGCCAGUGAGCAGUGCGAGUGUUUCCAUCAUGUCAUUUACGACAAUCUUCGAGGGGGAAGACCUGUAUCUUUCCUGCACCGCUGAUGGAAACAACGUGUCCUUCACAUGGCUGCAGAAUGAUCAGCCCAUCUCCUCGCCUCAUGUUAUGUCCCGUGACCAUUCUUUCUGGAUCGACAGAAUCACUCAAGCAGACAGCGGCACCUACGUAUGUGAGGCUUCAAACAGCUUCAACGGAACAGACUUCACCACCAGAAGCCAGGAAGUCAACGUCACAGUCAAAGGGCCAAGGAGGGUGUUUGAGGGGGAAAAACUGGUACUUUUCUGCCCCAUUGAUGGAAUCAACAUGUCCUUCACGUGGCUGCUGAACUAUCAGCCCAUCUCCUCGCCUCAUGUUUUGUUCAGUGACCGUUUACUCUGGAUCAACAGAACCACUCAAGCAGACAGCGGCACCUACGUAUGUGAGGCUUCAAACGGAACAGACUUCACCACCAGAAGCCAGGAAUUCAACAUCACAGUCAAAGGGCCAAGGAGGGUGUUUGAGGGGGAAAAACUGGUACUUUUCUGCCCCAUUGAUGGAAUCAACAUGUCCUUCACGUGGCUGCUGAACUAUCAGCCCAUCUCCUCGCCUCAUGUUUUGUUCAGUGACCGUUUACUCUGGAUCAACAGAACCACUCAAGCAGACAGCGGCACCUACGUAUGUGAGGCUUCAAUCAGCUUGAAAGGAAUAGACUAUGUUUCCAGAAGCUGGAAUGUCAACGUCAUAGUCAAAGCCGUGGUGUCAGACCCUGACAUCUCCUUCGCCGUGUUAACGGAGGAUUCCCAUUACUUUUCUGUUGGGGUCACGUGUCAGUCAGCAGUCGGUACGCCACCUGUUGCCUUUUCACUCUACAACGGGACAGAGUCGGUCGCCAAUGUCACGAGUGCAGACAGACGUGCUGUGUUCAGGGUGCCCGUGGUCUUUGGUGAACACUUGGGAACGUUCCGGUGCCAGGCAAACAAUGGAGCAAAGACAGCGUCCAGUGGAUGGCUGCCUAUUAAAAUUGAGAAAGUAAAAGGGCCCGUGUCCCUGACCUACGACUACGACAUUGCGGAAAACUUUGCCGUGGUUGGCGUGCGGUUGUAUUGCAAGGUGGCAGCCGGUUCUCAUCUACGGUACCAGUGGUUCCUCAACAAAUCCCUUCUACAAGACCACGGGAGCUUCUACUAUGUGUUCAACCAGCUGCCAGAACAGUCCAUACUCAUCCUGUCUGUGGGGAGGAGCAGUGCUGGGACAUACCACUGUGUCGUGUCUAACAGCUUUGACAACACCACGACGAUCAGCAGCAGGGGGCGAUACUUGGAUAAAGAAGUGCUGAACCGUCUCCCUGUCUUGGUGGUGGCAGUUGUUUUUGGAUGUUUCAUAUUCCUGAUUCUCCUGGUCGUCAUAUGUUGUGGAUUUGGAGUGAUUUAUAGUAAGAUUUAUUGGCGAAGGGAGUACGGAGAUAAGUUUUUGUUGGAGAUGGAGAGAAGGGUAGUGGCCUAUGAGGGCGAGCUGGAUGUGUCUGAGUACAGUGACGGCGCUGAUGUACUGAGGACAGUGGGUGAUGGGUUUGAUCAGGCAUCUGACGCCUCUUCAGAUGAAUGGCCCCAAAUAGCGAGGCAGAAGAAGACAAUUGAGGAUGAACCGAUUGAAGUGCCUUUAGGAUUCAAAUAGUUUGCCCCAUAUAAACACACACUGUUGUGCUUUGUUGUAACUGCUCAUAUUGGACUCACAGUGCUCAAUGUACAUAUGCAUAAUACAAAAUUGGUGCAAAAAAAUUAUUCAAACAAUAUUUCUUUUGCAAUUUGUGUAUUUUGA